AUGUAUUCAGUUGAGUGGCAAAAGCGUGGAUUACCUCAUGCUCACAUUUUAAUUAGGUUGGUCGACAAAAUACGUGCUGAUGACAUCGAUAGUUUGAUUUCUGCAGAGAUUCCAGAUCCGUCUACUGAUCAAUUACUAUUUGAUAUUGUUACUACAAACAUGAUUCAUGGUCUGUGCGGAAAUCUGAAUCCUUCAUCACCUUGCAUGGUGGACGGAAAAUGUACAAAGCGUUUUUCUAAAGAUUUUACUAACGAUAUGGUCACACAUGUUAACGGAUAUCCAAUAUAUCGUCGAAGAAGUACCGAAAAUGGCGGACAAUCUUUCGUUAAAACUAUCAACAAGGCAGACAUCGACAUUGAUAAUCGUUGGGUGGUACCAUAUUCAUCUUUGCUGAGCAAAACAUUCGAUGCUCAUAUUAAUGUUGAGUUAUGCAGUUCGGUGAAGAGUAUCAUGUAUAUUUGCAAGUAUUUGCAUAAAGGAAGUGAUAUGGCUGUAUUUAGGGUUGAAAAUACUAAUGUUCACUCUCCUCCAGUGAACGAAAAUGAUGAAAUUACGAUUUACCAAAUUGGCAGGUAUAUCAGUUCCAAUGAAGCUGUCUGGCGCAUUUUCGGUUUCCCAAUUCAUGAACGGGAUCCAGCAGUUAUCCAUUUAGCUGUCCAUCUUGAAAACGGCCAGCGCGUAUAUUUCACCAACGAUACAGCGCUUGAUCGUGCUAUAAAUCCACCAAAAACUACGCUCACCGAAUUUUUUGAACUGUGCAAUCGUGCGGAUGCUUUUGUCAAUCCAAGGCAAACUGAGUGCUUUUAUCUGCGACUAUUGUUAGUUAAUGUCACCGGACCAUUGUCAUUUCAAGAUAUACGGAAGGUAGAUGGACAACAGUAUCCUACGAAUAAAGAUGCAUGCCUUGCUCUAGGCUUGCUAGAAGAAGACAACCAUUGGGACAGUAUGCUUGCUGAAGCAGCAUUAAACUGCACAGGAAAACAAAUUCGUCUACUAUUUGCUAUAGUAUUGACUACAUGUUUCCCGGCCCGAGCACAAAUGUUGUGGGAUAAUCACAAAGAUUCAAUGACUGAUGAUAUAUUGUAUCGACAUCGUACAAGGUGCAACGAUCUAGCAAUAUCAUUCAGUGAUGCAAUGUACAAUAAAGCAUUGAUUGCUAUCAAGGAUCUUUGCAUUGCUAUUGCGAAUUUACCAAUCAGUCAUUUCGGUAUGAGCUCACCGAAUCGAAGUGCAUCUGAUUUACUCAACACAGAUAUGAAUCGUGAACUACAGUACGAUACUGUAGAAAUGGCAAGCAUUGUUAGUCGCAAUGUUCCACUACUAAAUGAUGAACAAAAAAUUAUCUACGACCGCAUCAUGCUGGCAGUUUCGGCAGGACAAGGAGGAUUCUUUUUUUUAGAUGCACCAGGUGGAACUGGCAAAACAUUCCUUAUUUCGGUACUUCUUGCCGAAAUACGAUCAAAAAAUGGCAUCGCAUUGACCGUUGCAUCUUCUGGCAUUGCAGCUACUUUAUUAGAUGGAGGCAGAACAGCUCAUUCAGCAUUUAAGCUGCCGUUGAACAUUCAAAAUAAUCCAGAUGCAGUGUGCAACAUAAAAAAAACAAUCGUCUAUGGCCACAGUGGUGAAACAAUGUAA